CAUUCCGAAGUGUCCUUUGGCAAGACACUGAACCCCAAGUUGCUCUCAAUGGCAGGCUAGCGCCUUGCAUGCCAUCUCUGCUGUGUGUGUGUGUGAAUGAGUCACAGUGUAAAGUGCUUUGAAUACCACUUCAAGUUUAAAAAAGCGCUAUUUGUGCCAACCAUUUACCAUAAUGGAUUAAUUGACAGCUGUUUUGAAUGAAUAGAGCUCUUAAGGAACUGGUCUCCAAACAGUUUGAAAAGCAUUUUAUUUUCAUCCUGCAUCCGUAUACCGCCUCCAAAAGGCAGCAUUUUCCUGGUUUUGGACACAGCACCAGUUUUGUGGUCACACCUAAAAAAUAUAUUGCCCUCUUGUGGUCUAAGGUUUGAAACAAGCAGAGCAAAGCUAGAACACAUGUAAUAUAUGUACAACGGGACCACGCACCUGCGUUUGUGUAUUUACGUGAAGUAGGUUUCGGCCUUUACUGCUAAAGCCAUGGGGCCAUUAUUCAUAAGUUGCUUAAUACAGCCAGAAUCGAAUGACAAAUGCCAGAUCUUCUAAUCCUGACAAUUCCUAUCUUGCUUAUUGGGUUCUUCAAACGCAGUUGCGGAUUUGAUCAGUAUAGCAGGAUUGAGAGAUAAUUUGUCUUUCCUGUUUUGAUUGAAAAGGUCAUAUAUAUCAAGAGUCGAAACCAUGAUCAGCAAUGCUGCGAUUGGUUGGCGAUAUGACAGACCAAUGUGAUGAUGUCAUAAAUGUAAAUAAAUAAAUGAAUAAGAAUAAUGCAGUGCCUGGGACAAACUUCCAGUAUCACAUCUGCUUAUAAAGCUGCAAUCUAAUCCUGUUUAUGUGAAAUAAGCCUGAUCCUGAGAACGGCUGAGCUUAAAGAACUGUUGCUAUGACAGCAACUUCAGUACGUAUAGAAUCUGAAACGUUCAGUGUGAACUGAAGUCAUAAGGAAAGAAAACUGCUCAAGGACAGAAUAUGUACUGUAUAUUAAAAUGUUAAACUUUACACAGUUAAAAGAAAUGAUGUUAUUGUUUGAAAUUAAACAGUAGAUGCUGUUUUGGUGUAAUUUUCUUAACAAGAACUUUUUAUUGCUUGAAUGAUUUGAAAAGUAGUACUUCCUUCAGGCAUUGAUUGAAGCGCAAGGUGUGUGUGUGUGUGUGUGUGUGUGUGUGUGUGUGUGUGUGUGGAGCCAAAUGCAAGGGAGAGCCAGAAUAUAUGAUAUAUAUAAGAUGUUACAAUAUAUAGAUUUCAAUACAUACUAUAGAUCCACAUAUGACACAAUGUACAUCAGUUAAUAAAAUAUCCUAACUUUCUGGAAAUGGUGUAUUCCUGAACAAGUUGAGAAUGUUUCAGAUAGAGAAAGAUGAAUGUAUCUUGAAUAUCAAUCCUAAAAUUAUCAACACAGACCACUUACUGUAUAGAAAAAAUUAUCCACUGAUCGUUUUUGUUUUUGAUUUUAAGAUGAUGUUUGUCAUUUCUUUUUAAGUUAAAAAUAUUUUUUGUAAGCCUGCUCAGUUUGCAGAGAGGUUUGUAACCUUGUAAGGUGAGUGUAAAUACCGGAUCUGUGGCGCGAUGAAAACAUUCCUGUUGGUUUGAAUGGCCCUUUCAUUUUCUAAAUUCUGUUUGUUGACACCAGUGAUGCAGAAAUGACUCAUUUUGGCUAUAAAUAUGAGUGAACAUGUUAAUACUGUAGACGAUGCUAAAACAUCCCACAAAGAGAACCUGAAGCAUCUUAACUCCUGAAAGAUCAGAUAAGUGUUUGUUUUUUGUCUCUGAAAGUUGCCAGUGAGAUGUUAGUUGAUAACUCGGGGUGGCAUGGUUAGAUAUUCUCAUGUAAUAUUAGAGUACAGAGAAAGUAUUAGUAAGUAUUACAUGUAAGAAGUUGUGUUGUGUAAAUGAAUGUGCAUAUUCUUAGACUUUGGAUUUGUAAAACUUUAUUGUAUUUGAUGUUGUCUUUCAGCAUCUGCACUUUAUUACUCUAUAUGAAGUGAAUUUCACUGAGGAAUUAUUACUAAAUCAGGAUGCUGAGCAUUGCACCCCUUCUCAUUUUAACUGUUGAAGUUGUCCUAGGACAGGACAAGAUCUAUUCAUUGGAUAUGGCAAACAAAUCUGUUGAUGACAAAUAUGACGAUUGUAGAAAGGAAACGUCAGACCUGGUGUUUACAUCAUUGCUAAAGAACGAAAUUGAUAAGAAUCCUACAUAUAAAGAUGCUUGGGAAGAAGGGAAAACGUACGCCAAGACACCUGCAGAUAACUUGACCAUGAACCAUUCAAUCGCCAUUUAUGUGUACACUGGUAGAAGAGUAUAUGCAGAUUUCAAUUAUGCAGUUCGUAAUGGUAAACACAAUUACAAAAGGAGAUUAUACAAAUGGCGUUCACUUCAGUUUUUGUUGACAGAAGCGAUACAGAUUCUGAAUGAAACACAAAACCAAUGUCACUUUACUUUUCGUCGUACUAAUGUUGAAUUUGAUAAGGAUGUUAAGAACAAAGAGGUUCGUUUUGGCUCUUUUACAUCUUCUUCUCUCAAUAAAACAGCAAUAAAGAAUUUUGGAAAUGUAUCUUGUUUUGAAAUUGAAACUUGUGAAGGUGCUUAUGUGGCAAACUAUUCUGCACAUGCUGAAGAGAAAGAGGUGUUGAUUCCCCCAUAUGAGAAAUUUAAUGUCACUGAUAUCAAGAACAAUUCCUGGUGUAAAACUGUGUACGUGCUGAAAAGCUUGGGAACAAAAAGUGACCUGAACUGCAUAGUGGCAAAACACACACCUAUAAAUUUUGUAAGCAAUAUCAGGUCAAAACCAAAAGGUUGCUGUAAGUUCGGUGGCCCCGUUGGCCUCCCAGGGGGUGACGAUCAUGGGAGUGGCACUGAUAGGGCUGGUCCUGAUGGGCCUCUUGGUCCUGAUGGGCCUCUUGGUCCUGAUGGGCUUCAUGGUCCGCCUGCUCAGUAUUAAACUGACUGUGAUUGGGGAAAGAUGUAACUUGUCUGUCUCUUUGCGUUUCUCACAUGAAUACAUUUUAUUAAAACAUUCAUUUAUUCAUUCUUAUGCCAACAGAAAUGUGUAAAAGAGUAUUAUAAAGAGUUUAAGUGAGCACAUAUAAUGUCUUAAAGCAUUUUUAUAUGUUGAGGAUUAUAAAAGCAAUUAAUCAAUGGGUUUAAUUAAUUCAAGAGUGAUUUAAAUAUGUGUGUAUAUGUAUGAAAGUAAUGUGUUAACAGACUGAAGAAGUGACUCCAUGACACAAAUGUCAUUACUUUGUGAAGUGUGUGUUGGAGUUUGUUAUAUUCUCUGUUCAAUCACCAUUUUAGUGCAUUUCAGUGUGUGCGCAUGUGUGAGUAAAAUGAUGACAUUAAUGGAUGAGAUUAAAUAAUUAAGAUUACAAAUGCAACAAUAGCUAAAGUAUUUCUCUUGCUGUGAAAUUUGUAUUUGAUAAUUCAUUCAGUGUGUCUUCAUGAGCUUGUCAUUUAUCAAUUGCCAAGAGGAUGUUUUUGCAUGUUUCACAGUUUAUGUGCAUUAUCUGUAUGUAAAGUUGGCAUAGUGUUUUAUUGUAUUUAGCAGAAAAUGAUUAUUAUUCAUGUAAGUAAAUAAACUGGCUUGA